GCCAUUAGCGCUUGCCUCCUGGGGCCUCCCACCGGCUCCCUUCCCCCAUCGCAGCCCCUGCCCUGUCCCAGUCUAGGGGAAGGAACGGCGGCCCCAGACUCCCUCCGCCCCGACACAGCCACCGUGGGGCCUUCUGGGACUUGUAGUUCUUUUUUUAUCCCGGAGGCGGGCUACCCAGACAGACGUGCCGCAGCCUGGAGGGACGGAACUACAACUCCCGGGAUGCCCGACUGCGGUGGGAGGCGCUUCCACUCCGGCGAGGUAAUCAGCUGGAGGAGAGCUCCGGCUCUCAGACGUCCCCCUCCUCCCUUUAGCAUCCUUCCCCAGCCCCGUGUUCCUGGGGCCGUCCGGAGCCGCCUCCGCCCCUCCCCAGGGGCCCGUUAGCCCGCCGGGGUCGGGCCGCCCUUCCCCAGCCUCGGGUCCGCUGCCGGGCCACCCUGUCAUCGCCCCUGCCCGGCACGGCCCCGCUCCCUGGAAGGGAGGGACGCCCGGACAAGCAGACAGACAGACCCUCCCCCCCCCCGCCCCCAGGUCUCGGGGGGAAACAAAGGCCUCGUGGCUGGGGUCGGGGGGUUGCUGGCCUCGGCCUCCGAGGGCCGGUCAGUGGGGAGGCUGCCUCUGGCGGCGAUGGCUCUCCAGGUGCCUGUGACCUUUGAAGAUCUGGCUGUCAAGUUCUCUGCUGAUGAAUGGCAUCUCCUAGAGGAAUGGCAGAGGGAAUUCCACCGGGAUGUGAUGAGGGAGAACUAUGAGACUCUGGUCUCCCUGGGGACAGCUCAGUUGCUUCCACUCUCUGCAUUCCUCUCCCUGACAGAACCCCACGAGGACAUGGGGGACAGUAGCUGUUCUGAUGGAGAAUGGGAGAGGCCUGGUGGAGCACUCCAGGUGGGUCAGCAGCAGGGCAGCCUUCACCUCAAUGCCCUUGUCCGUCUGGUGAAGGAGAUUCCAGAGUUCCUGUUUGGUGAGACCAAGGCCAUGGAAACCCCAGAAAGCCCUGAGAGCAAGGAAAGUGGUUCAGAGGGGGAGAAACUGAGCCUGGAUGCCAUGAUUGUGGAUUCCAGCCCCCUCCAGGGCUUGCUGAGCUGCCUCCCGGAGAUUCCUAUCAGCAGGCCUGCCCUGACUGUCACACCUGCCAGCAGCUCAUCUAGCAGCAGUCUCCAAGGGGAUGGGGACCGAGAGCUGAGGACCCCAGACCUCGGAGCCCAGACCCUAUAUCCCUAUGAACCGGCUGCCAAAACUAGUCCCUUGGACAUCAGUAGGAACGCUAGUUGUAAAGAAAAUCCAGAAAUGUCAGCCAACCAACUCAGUACUCCUGGUUUCACUGGCACUCAGGAACAGAAGCAAUUGAGGACCAUGGGGCGAGGAAGUCCUUCUGAAAGCAGCCCUCUCCAAGGCCUCAUCAACUGCCUCAAGGAAAUUCUGGUCCAGGGACCCCAGCACCCACAGCCUCUUGCUACUGGAUCCUUUCCUCAAAGCAGUCCAAGGGAAAUGAGACUAGUAACCUCCGACCGAAGACCCAGAGGCCCCCCAUGGGCUGUGAAGGCAGAAGCCAUUUCAGAGAAUUCUCCACUCCAGGGCCUGUUGAACUGUCUUAAAGAAAUCCCAGAAGCCCAGACCAGAUGUGCUGGCCUUCCAGGUGGAGGGGUGCAGCAGCAGACAGAUGGUUCAGGGACUUGGCAAAAGAAUUCUGGAGUGAAGAUGGAAGGAACCCCCGAGGAUGUUUGGACCCAGAGCCCUCUGAGCUACACCCAUGACCCUCCUGUGUCCUGCGAGCUCACCACACUUAACCACAGCUCUUCCACCGGUAGCAGUAUAGAGGGUGAUGGGAACCCCAGGGGGCCAGAGCUGCCGGGUUGGACUCCAAUGAACCAAGGUUCUUCCUGUGCUCCUUUUGCGGAGUCUGAAGUCUGGACACGUAUCACACCCCCUUGGUAUCUUGCUUGUGAUGACGAUUGUGCAGCGAUGUCUCUUGCCCUAGCUGGCAGUGCCCAGAGCUCGCCUUUGGAGGCCCUGGAGACCUAUCUGAAGGACAUCCCCCUGAACAGAUCAAUACGCCCUCAGCCCUUGAGCAACCCCUGGUGCCUGAGCCCUGGGCAGGUGGAGACGGUUCAGCGGAGGUCCGACCCUCUGGCCCGCAGGUGGCCCAUGGAAGCAGGGACCACAGGUUCUCUACCUUCUCUGGGGCCUCAUGGUUGUGUAAAGGAUCUCUCUGCUCGCCACCCAGGCCACCUCAACACCCCCAAUAGCUUCUCCUCAGCCAGCAGCACAGAUGGGGACCUGGAUCUCAGGAGCCUGGAAGGGAGCCAGGGACGAUGGGGCAGAGAAGCAAGUCCAAUUGGGAGCUCUCCCCUCCAGGGCUUGGAGAACUGUCUCAAAGAGAUCUCCACAAACAGGCCCCACCUCAGCCAGCCUGCCCCAUUGUUGGUCCCAGCAGGAUAUGGGAUAUCAGCUAGAGUGGAACCCAGGAGCUGGACUACACCCAAAGAAGGACUGGAGGGUGAGUCCCAUGACUCUCUUUGCCUGAGGCAAGGUGGAAAGGAGGUGUCCUCUGAGAGUCUGAACCUAGGCAGUCCACAGACCAGAGUUUGCAACUCCUUUGCUCACCACCAGACUGGGGACAAAGACAGGACAACUGAAGCAGGGCCUUGGAAGUGCCUUGGAGAAGGGGCUGCUCCCAAGCCUUCUCCACUUCGCUGUCUGGAAAACUCCUUGAGGGGGAUCUCGGCCAUGAGGCCCCUGCGCUUCUCCUGUUUGGCCAGCCCCAGCCUUAGCUCCGGCUCCAGGCUGAGCUCCAGCCGCAGCAGCAGCAGCAGCAGCAGCAGCAGCAGCAGCAGCAGCAGCAGCAGCAGCAGCAGUGGUGGCUCAGAGGGAGAAGAUCAGAGGUUGGAGCCUGAGCUGUGGAGGGCUCGUCUCAAGGAGUGUUCCUCCUUCCCCAUCCCCCGGGGCCCUGUCUCUCAGGCCAGCAGCCACUCCAGCCCCCUCACCAGCAGUACCAGUAGCCCCAUGACAAACAGAGACCGCGGGAGGAGGACAGAGCUGGGGGAUUGGAGAAUUCUCAGUGCAGCUCUGAAAGCAGAGGAGACUUCGCGCUGUAGCCCCAGGCUCCAUGGGAAAGAUGUGCCUUCAGAGGCCUCUAGUGGGUUUCAUAGCCCUAGCAGCACUGAAACAGGAUCAUCUGCAGAUCCCUGUCCUGCCCCUGACCGGGAAGAAACUCCUGAGGUGCCAACCCCCUCCCCUUCUUCUGGAGAGCCGGAGGUAGAUGAAGAAGCUGAUGGCCCGAAGGCUGUGCCUGGAGAUCUGAGUGUCGCAAGUCCCAAGGAUGCUAAGCCAGACCCAGCAGGGACAAAGGCCAGGGACUUGACAGGACUUGCGCCAGAUGCUGAAUCUGUCUCCCAGUCAUGCCUGCCGGAAACUCCUGAAGGCAUCCGGAGCUGGGCUGGCACUUCUGCCCUGACCUCCCAGGAUGCUCCAUCACCCCCCAGGCUGGAUAGGGGGCACAAGCGCCCGUCUUCUCUGGGUGAUCCUGCUGCCAGCUGUUCUGCAGCUCAGAUGGGCAGAAGACUCUCAAGCAGUCAGACUCACAGCUCGGCCGAGACCCCCAGCAAGACCCCUCGCCUGGCCUUGUCCCCCGUGGCUCCCUCCCCUGCCACCUUGCCCCUUGAGGCCCCCCAGGCUUCCUGCCACUGCGGGGACAUCCUCCGGGGGGAGCUCCUCAGCCUCGGGGCCACCCUCACCCAGCAGCUGGCCCGCCUCUCUUCGGCCCUGGCCGCCCUAUCCCAGGACGUGGCGGUGGUGAAGACCCGUGUGAAGUCACUGGGGCGGGACUUCCGGUCGCACCAGAGGCUGGGGAGGCGCCCCCGACCCUGGCACCUCUGCCGGGGAUACCGCAGAGGUUGUCAUUCUCUCCGGGGACCUCGACUGGGACAAAAAAAGCUCGUUCAGGCCCGACCCCAGCAGCUUGGGCCCAAAGGCCUGGGCAGGAGCUCUGACUUCCUGCAGCAGGAGCCCCGCCCGCCUCCCGGCACACCUCCUGGUGGGACAGCUGUGGUGCCGACGACGCCCCUGGGCGGACAUUCCCCCUGCUCUCCCCUCUUGUCUCCUGCUCACUCUGCGAUGCCCCCUGUGCACUCACCCCAGAGGCGACUGGAGGAUGACCAAAGCCUGCCGCUCACUCCGGUGGCCGGCUCAGCUUCCCAGAUCGCCCCUCCUCCUAGCCCCGAGGAAGGGUUCAAGCCCUGGCAGGAACUGGAGCCGUGCCAGGGGAAACCCGCCAUGGCCACAGGGGUGAAGGGAGCCUGGUCCCAGCAAUCCAGAGAAGCCUCUGCUCGGAGGCCCGGGGAAGUGAGCUCCAAAGCCCAGCACGGGGGCCCCAGCUAGCUCUCAACGGGAUUCCCCUGGGGGGCAGAGGCCCUUCUCCAGCGGGCGCCUGGGGGGAGCCAGGCUUCCUUCCAGGACAGUCAGGAGGCCCCCUCGGUCGCACAGAGAACCUGGGGUUCCUGCCUGUUAUUCUUACUAGUCCUAGGCUUUCCCAGGUGUUUGGGGACGUUUUCUUCAGAGAAGAAGCAACUGUUGGGGAUGUUUUCUUUCCCUUGUCCUUAGCUUAAACCUUGAUUCCAUGUAUCCUCCCACCAUUAUCCCUUUGCUCAAGAACUGCCAAGUAAACACGAGAGAGAGUCUUCGUAUUUAUGUUAUCCAAGUGGCAACAGAGCACCCCUGGUUUCCGUCUCCUGUCCCCCUGCUACCUCAGCUUUCACCGUGACCCUUGUCCCUCUGCGGACCAGAGGGUGUGUAUGUACCUGCUACAGACAGCUCUCAUGUCAGGAGGCUGUCUGCCUCUGGUAUAAUUUGGCUUCAGGGCAUGGGGCCAGAUGCAUCAUUAAAGUUCUCAGUGGCUAAGACUAAAUGUGGGAAACUGGGCUAGGUCUCCUGGGCAGUGAAUGGGGCAGGGGAGGUGUGUGCCUUGGGCGGACCACCCCUUCAGAUCACGGCGGGUAAGGCAGGUUUCUGAUGGUCUAGAGGGGGGCACGGCUUGGGCUCCCUUACGGAGGAGGUAGCUGUCUGAAGGAGAGAGAGGCAGGAGAAGAACGGGAUGGUGUUAUGGAUACAAAUAUAAGCUGGAAGAGACGACGUUUUAGGACCUUGUCUGACAAGGUUUUAGUGGCCUGCUAACCCAACAAGUCAGUAGUAUGGUAGGAGAGCCCAAAAUGCUAUUAACAUCUUGGGCUAUAGUAAUAGUAUAGUUUCUAGGGAAAAGGAGGUGAUAGUCCAACUUCUCUGUGCUCUGCUCUUGCUCAGAUAAUAUCUGGACUAUUGUGUUCACUUGGGGAGAGCCUUGAGUCAUUGUCAUAUAAAGAUCAGUUGAAAGAACUAGGGAUAUUUAGUCUGAAAAAGGAAAGGGUUGGAACUGGGAUGGGGCCUGAGGGCUAUUUUCAAGUACAUGCAAGAAUAGUUCUCCUAGGUUCCCAAAAGGUAGAAGUAGGAGCCUCAGGUAGAAGUUUCAAAGAAGCAAAUGCAGGCUCAGGAUCAGGAAAACGAACUUCAGGGAGCAGCCCCAAAGUGGAGUGGGCUGCCUUGAGUUGUGGCCGGUCCCACAAAAUGGCUAUCUUCAGGCAGAAACUGGAUAUGGCCUCUUGGAGGUGGUUGGAUGAGAUGGCCCCUGACCUCCCUUCUAGCUCAGACGAUAUGAUUCUGGACAGAGACAAGUGGGAAUGUAGGGAUGAAAGAUCAAGAGUUGGAGAUGGGAUCUCACAGAAGAGGUGGGAAUGCAGAAUGGGCAGGGGCUUUCCUUAUGUGUGGAAAUCCUUACCACCUCCAGGACAGCCACUUGCCAAAAGAACAAAUAUAGUAUGCAUUAAUGGUAGAAGGCUCGCUAUAAUGACUACAGGCUAGAGCAUGAAACAUGGGCCCAAAGUAAAUAUGUAGAGAACAGUGCGUCAAAAGCUAUGCAUCCAGAAGAGAUGAGUGGUGGAGUGCAUAAACAUGCUUAAUUCCUGUCAGUUCUCAGCCCUCCACGCUGUGGGAAUUGAGAGAUGUUUCGGGGCACAACUUUCACUGCAGAGAGGGGGCCCUCUUGGAUUCUCUGUGGGAGAGAGCGGAGGAGGACCCUGUUACUGCUCUCCCAGGGAUGGAUGCAGCUGGCACAGUACUUUGCAUUUGUAGUAGGUAUUCCUAUAACAAUCCCUCUGUACCUCAGAUCUUUCCUUAAUCUUGUCUUAUAUGUAGGCAAAAUAGUCCCCUGAUCUAAAAAUAUCUCCCCUCAAGCUAAUCUCUGCCUUAAAUUCUCAAAGUAUCCUACUCCACUUUCACUUCAAUACACAUUUUAGGUUGACAUUGUCUCCAAAAGCCCUUUGUUAAAAUUCACCUAUUGGUUGAGAAACCUGUUGUAUCAGGAUCCUUUGACCCAUCACUAAUAAUAGUACUUUUUUAAAAAUUAUUUUUAA